GAGAUGGGCGACGAGGUGGACCUGCAUGGCGCCGCCCGCACGGGCGACGUUGAUGCGCUCGGUAAGUGCAUAGCCGCCGGCGCGGAUGUGAACGGACGGGACAAACACAAGCGAACGGCGCUGCAUCUCGCCGCUUACGCCGGGCAGCUCGAGGCCGUCAGGUUCCUGAUCGCGUCCGGCGCCAAGACUGCGGUGGAGGCCAUGGACGGCAUCGCGCCGCUGCACUUCGCGUGCCAGAAGGGGCACUGGGAGGUCGCCAGGGAGCUCAUCAACUUGGGCGCUAACCAGAAGGCGCUCAACUACAAGGGCGAGAACGCCCUGCACUUCGCGGCCCAGAGCGGGAAUCAGAGGCUGGUCGAGAUGUUGCUGCGCAAGCAGGUGAACCCGUGCCACCGCAGCAAGAGGGGAAAGCUGCCGUCGGAGUGCGCCAAAGAUGACAUCGUGCGCGCGAUCUUAGAGGCAGCCGCCGCGGCGAAAGAGGCGCACAUCGCAUCGACGCAGGCGGGCAUAGCGGAGGCGAAGGCGGCGCAGGGAGAAGGCGAGGAAAACGAUGACGAAGGUGGGGGCGAGAUUGGACCCGCGAUAGGACCCCCCACCCGACCGGAUACGGGUCCGUCGAUCGGACCCCCGGCUAGACCGACCGCCUAUACCGAACCGUCCGCGGGCCCGUCCACAGGGCCCCGAUCCGUGGCGCCGGAGGACGCGCCGGCUGUCGGUCCCGUCAUCGGUCCCCCCGCGAGGCCCGCCGGCAUCCGGGAGAAGCGGGAGAUUGCGGAGGUCGAGGACGCGCCGGGUGACGCGCUGGCGGCGGCGAGCGCGGGCGGCCCGUCCAAGAAGGCGAAGCAGGCCAAGACGCCGGUCCUCUCCUUCGGGGAUGACGACUGACGCGACGGUCUCCGCUCUGGGUUUAGGUAAAAAUUCAACGUUGGAUUGUAUAAGAAGGUGGUAGUUACAGU